CGUAGUCGGUCCUGCAGGCAGUAGAUAUGGAUGAGGAAAUCGUCCCUCGUACACUGCGCGAAAAGGCACUGUUCUAUACUACCGCCUUCUUUAUCCUGCUUGGCACCUUUAGCCUGUUCGCUUUCCUGUUUCUGGUACCGUUCGUGAUCGAGCCCGCAUUCCAGACCAUUUUCAUGCAGUUCGAUGAGUCACCGGCCCUGUGCGUGACCGCCUACAAUGAGCACCUGUACGGGGCCAAAAAUUGCUCCUGGGCGUCGUGUCGCGAAGGCUGCACCAAGGACAUCUACGAGUGCCAGCAGAUACGCGUCAAUUACAAGACGGCAGCGCAGUUAGCGGCCGCCGCCGCCAAGGAGGCCGCCGGUACGGAUGCGACGCCCGGCACCGACCCAUCGCACCUGACGUCGCCGGCCGGCCGGCCGGGCCAGUCGACGGCGAUCGCUGCAACAAAAACCACUGGUGAUAGUAGCAUUAGUAGGGAGGAUAGUAGAGAUAAUAGUGUAGCUAGUAGUUCCAAUAGUGUAGGCAACAGCAAUCCGGCUAGCAACAGGCAGCCAAUCAGCACCUCCGACGGAGCGUCCCGGCCGAUCGGCGGAAGCGUCACGGCCGGUGCGAACAGCCGGUACGGCAGUGCGCUGAAUCGCUUCGAGCGCGCCAUUCGAGCCGAUUACGACUACGGGGACAUGCUGGUGGAGAACAGCAACGGGCUGAACGGUUUCGGUGACGCGAAGAACGGGUUCAUCAGCUCGAUCAUCGACGACGAAAACGCGUUCAUCGAGUACCCGGAGGAAAUGACCGGGCUGAUGGGUAAUAACUCCGAAUGGUACUUUACGGGCGCACGGCUCUACCCGAACGUGAAGGGAUGCGGCUAUCCACCGAUGCUGAACUGUACGAUCUGGACCAAAAAGUAUUGGACGAUCGGGACGAACUUUACGUGCUACUAUUCGCGCGUUGAUCCCGAGCUCGUGAUUAGCGAUCUGGACAUGUGGCAGAACACGCUAAAUCUUGUGUACGCCAUGGCCAUCCCGAUACCGUCCUUUAUCAUCUCGGUAAUUUAUCUUGCGUUCGCGUACUUCGUCAUCUUUAACGAGGAUGAAGAGGCCGCCCUGCUCGAUAAAAAUGGUGAGGAUGAGGCCGGCGAGGACGAUCUGCAGGAGACGGACGAGGGUAACGAUAACAAGAUCAACAACGAGAACGAAGUCGAAGUGACCGCAAACCACAUCAACGAAAAGCAACAGCAGCAGCAGGAAUCGAUGGACGAGGACAAUGUGCAUACGACGACCACGACACCGAUCCAGCCACUACCGAACGGUACUGCCAAUUCCAUCAACAACACCAACACGACCGCCACCACCAACACGAACGGUUCGUCCAAACCGAUCACGCCCAACUCCACCUCCGACCUGAACUCGUUCGGCCAUCAGCUGAAGGUGAAGAUGGCCGACGAAAUGUCGCGCGAAAGCAUCGAUGGCGGUUUGCUUUCGAACUCGGCAUCAUUUCAAGGAAACUUGAGCAAGACGAUGACGACCAGUAUCUCGACACCGCCUGGUCCGAUAGCCGCAGUCUGAAACGUCAAGUGCACGGUCUGGAGGACGUUAAGUUUAAAUUUACUAAGUAAGAAUUUGCUUAUCUUAUGAUUGUUA